ACUGAAUGACUAGUUAGUAGAUCUCUAGUAGAUAGUCAUAUCACUGAAUGACUAGUUAGUAGAUCUCUAGUAGAUAGCCAUGUCACUGAAUGACUAGUUAGUAGAUCUCUAGUAGAUAGCCAGGUAACUGAAUGACUAGUUAGUAGAUCUCUAGUAGAUAGUCAUAUCACUGAAUGACUAGUUAGUAGAUCUCUAGAAUGGUUUGUAUUGAAUGUCUUGCAGACCUUCAACUGGUUUAUAAACCAAGCCUUUUCAUCCUUGACCAUUACAAAAGCUAUAACAGUUACAGAGAUGUGUUGUAUCUCUCCCAAAAUAAUAGAUUCCUAAUCUCUAGUGGGAUGUGUGAUGAGUGAGUGAACGAUUAAGUGACUGAGUGAUGGUGAUUAUAUUGAUGUACUACUGUAUAUUCAGCUCAUUUGGUUGCUCAGGGCCCUGGCUAAUCAGCCUGUUAAUGUGGCUGACUGUGGCUGAUGCUCAGGCACAUCAUUAUGCUUCUCUAGGGGGCCCCGCCUGACCAGCCAUUAUAAUGCAUAUGGGGCUCCUUAGUCAGGGCCAGGGCACAAUAAGCCUCCAUCUAAUGAAGUGUACACCACAGAUCUGGGGGGCUAAAUAGACACAUCCAGCAGUAUGUGCUGUAGUAACUAUCUCCGCCAGAGUGCUCAAUACUAAUGCUGUUACCCAAGUAGUCAGUCCAUUUAGCCUCACCCCUGCCCAGCCCCAGUCUAUCAGUGCUCCCUAACACAGCGCUAUGGAAGGGUAUGAGUAUUUAAAGAGAUCAUUAGAACCAGUGUGCUGUGGUACCGUGGCACCCAGCGCUUUGAAAUGAUCAGGUGAAUAGAGAGGGGUGUGGUUAUGGUUGUGAAAAGGUUGAUUACAGGAGAGGAGAGGUUGUACAGUUUGUCUACUUGUUGACAUGGGAUCAACGAGUCCUACUAACACCUAAACAGCCCAUAUGGCCUGGCCUCCCUCCCUUUCUUUCUUCCCCCUUCCUCUCUCUUGUCUCUUCUCUCCAAGUAGUUGUCUAUCCAUGAUAGACUGUGUGGCCUCUGAUCCUCAGGUGGCCCUACCUGUCGUAUACAGCCUUGGCGGCCACCUUCCUCCCUCCCUCCCUCCCUCUCUGUCUAUCUCUCUCUCUCUCUCUCUCUCUCUCUCUCUCUCUCUCUCCCUCCCUCCCCCAAGCUCUGUGUGGUAAUUAUCAGUUCAUUUGAUGCCUCUACCUUGAGGAGCCCCACGCUGCUCUGCUUCCUUCAUCCCUCCCUCAGCUCAGCUACAUCAAAAUGACCCUGCCAACGCUGGGGCCUGUUAUCCAAAACAAGAUCCCUCAGAGCGCGGUGGCGGUCACAUGAUCUCGACAGAUGACCUGGAGUACCCGCGGGAGUACCGGACGCUGGGGAACGGGACGCGGCGUUUCUCCAACGUGGGUCUGGUGCACACCUCGGAGCACCGCCACACGGUCAUCGCAGCCCAGAGCCUGGAGGCCCUUACCAACCUGCACAAGGUGGACAUGGAGCGCAAGAGGGACGCCUUCAUGGACCACCUGAAGAACAAGUACCCGCCCCAGCUGCAGCACCCCGGGCAUCAGCACCACAACCCCCCUUCGCCCUCACCCUCCCACGGCAGCAUGAGGCAGCCUGACAGAGAGCGAGCCGCGCGCGAACAGCAACAACCCAACUACUGGAGUUUUAAGGUCAGUGCUAGUCGUAGCCCACGUCACUCCCAGUCCACCCAAUCUGGGCUAGCUGACCAGGCCGCUAAGCUGUCCUUUGCCUCGGCUGAGUCUCUGGCUGAGACCAUGUCUGAGGCUGACAUCCCCCUGGGGUUCAGCCGAACCAACCGCUUCCGCCAGAGUCUACCCCUGUCCCGCUCAGCCAGCCAGAACAAGCUUCGCUCCCCAGGCGUGCUGUUCCUGCAGUUUGGGGAUGAGACGCGGAGGGUGCACAUCACCCACGAGCUGAGCAGCCUGGACACGCUGCACGCCCUCAUCGUGCACAUGUUCCCCCAGAAGCUGACGGCGGGGAUGCUCAAGUCCUCCAACACGGCCAUCCUGAUCAAGGACGAGGCGAGCAACGUCUUCUACGAGCUGGAGGACAUCCGGGACAUCCAGGACCGCAGCAUCAUCAAGAUCUACCGCAAGGAGCCCAUCUACGCCUCCUACCCCGCCACACACCUGGUCAACGGGGACCCAAGGAGGGAUCUGGUGUACACGUCCCGAGAGUCCUCCCCCACCCGCCGCCUCAACACCCUGCCCUCCUCCUCUGCCUCGCCCCCAUCCGGCUCCCCAUCCCGCUCCCGUCUGUCCUACAGCGGGGGUCGGCCUCCCUCCUUCGCCGGGCCGGGUAGUCACCCCCAGCUCCAACAACACUCCCAGCACCAGCAGCACCCCCAGCAGCACCAGCCCCAGCACUCCCACCACCCUGGAGCCGGCUCCCACCACGGGGGCCCCAACGCCGGCCUGUCCUCCUCCCCUAGCGCCAUCUUGGAGCGCCGCGACGUCAAGCCCGACGAGGAGGUUUCUGGGAAGAACAUGAUGCUGGUGAAGGAGGGGCUGUACGCCGACCCCUACAGCCUGGUACACGAGGGGCGCCUCAGCAUCGCCUCCACACAGUCGCUGGCCGCCAUCGGAGACCCCUUCAGCUUCCCCGUGUCCGGUGGGCUGUACCGCCGCGGCUCUGUGCGUUCCCUCAGCACCUACUCUGCUGCCGCCCUGCAGGGGGAGCUGGAAGAUGCCCUGUACAAGCCUGGAGGUCCCCUCUACUCUGACUCCUACUCCUCAGCCACUCUGGGCAUGGGCUACCGCAUGCCCCCCUCCUCCCCGCAGAAGAUCCCUGAUAUGCAGCUGAGGGACAGGGGGGACUCGUACUCCAGCUCCCCCAGCCGAGCCUCCCCGGUCAGGCAGACCUUCCGCAAGGACUCAGCAUCCUCUUCCGUGUUUGUGGAGAGCCCCAAGUCCAGGCCCAGUUCCAGCUCUGACCCUCUGUCCCUGCAGGCCGGGCCGGGAGGGGACGGGAGCAGGUUUGCGCCGGGAUACAGCUCCCCACUCCCUGGAGAGACUUCUGAGUCCAGGGAUCGAUUGGAGCGACUGGAUCGUAUGGAGGCCAUGGAGAAACAGAUAGCCAGUCUGACAGGCCUGGUUCAGAGUGUACUGACCAAAGCCCCCGACAGUGACAGCACAUGCGGCCUACUGCGUCUCUGCAUGAUGGCGGGCUGCCCUCCGGACCAGGGCUCGGAGUUCUCACGGCCCUUCCCUUUCUCUUCCAGCGAGAAGACCGAAUCCAACAGCGACGGCUCCGCCACUGGAACUGGACGGCUGAAGCGGAAAGCUCUGACGCCGUCGGCCCCGCUGGCUCUGAUGCCCCCCCCUCCCUCCGGAGACAGCCAGGUCACCACCGUCACCCGGCUGCAGAUGCAGCUUCACCUCCACGCCCUGCAGCAGAACGCCACCGACCUGGGCAAACAACUCUCCCAGCUCCGCAAGAUGCAGCUCCAGAACCAGGAUAGUGUGAAGACGCUGCUGAAAAGAACGGAGAAGGAGCUGAAUGUGCGUGUGAGUGACGCUCUGAGGAAGCAGGAGGACCCUCUGCAGCGACAGCGCCUCCUGGUGGAAGAGGAGAGACUCAAGUACCUCAACGAGGAGGAGUUUAUCAUCCAGCAGCUCCAUGACCUGGAGAAGUCAGUGGAGGAUAUCCAGAAGGGUUCGUCUGUCAAUCACAAACUGGUGACGGUUCAGGAGCUGGAGGAGAAGGCCUCGCUUCUGAGGAAACUAGGAGAGACACUCACAGAGCUCAAGAACCAGUUCCCCAGUCUGCAGAGUAAGAUGCGGGUGGUGUUGAGGGUGGAGGUGGAAGCGGUCAAGUUCCUGAAGGAGGAGCCACACAGACUGGACGCCCUGCUGAAACGCUGCAAGAGCGUCACUGACACACUGACCACCAUGCGCAGGCAAGUGAACGAGGGCGUAUGGAAGAAGCAGGAGGACUUCCCCAAGCACAGCAGUGAGGACUUGCGUAGGAGUUCUGACUUUGACAUGCCCACCAGCCCCCCUCUCAACCUCAGUGACCUGAGGGGCGUCAGUAGCCUGUCUAACUGGAGCCCCCACUCCAGCCACAGCCAUAGUCACAGUCACGGACACAGCCAGCCCUCCUCUGGCCCUCACAGGGACAAUCCUCCCCCUGUGCCUCACAAGGGCCGGGCCCUGGAAGAGCUGGCCAACCGCGCAGCCGCUGAUAAGGCUGUGUCUGUGGAGGUUCGACUGGCAGCAGAGCGGGACUGGGAGGAGAAGCGGGCUAGUCUGACCCAGUACAGUGCUCAAGACAUCAACCGUCUGCUGGAGGAGACCCAGGCUGAGCUGAUGAAGGCCAUCCCAGACCUGGACUUUGCCGCCAAGCAGAUCAACAAGCCCUCCUUCAACACACCCUCCCAGUCUCAGACCCCCCAGAGUGGGGGAGGGACCCCAGAGCAACGCCCUACCAAGCCCCAGCACGCCACACACAAGCUCUCGGGGAAGGAACCUGGCUCCAGACGUGCUUCCGAUGCAGAGCAGCUGACAGUGACUCGCUAUCGUACAGAGAAGCCCUCAAAGUCGCCCCCUCCCCCGCCACCUCGACGCAGCUUCCCAUCAUCCCCGGCUGGCCUGAUCACCCGCAGCGGAGAGACCCUUAUCCCCGGCAAGAGCAUGAAGUCGGAGGUGGAGGAGGCAGAAGCACAGAAGCCCUAUGUGAAGCUGCGACGGACGGUGUCUGAAAACCCGCGUCCUGCAUCCACCCCUCCCACCCUCGCCUCUGGAGACAAGGAAGAGGGAGAGGAGGACAAGAUCGCUGCUGAACUGGAGCUGUCUAGAGCAUCGUUGGACUGCUCUGGCAUACAGUGGAAGCAGGGCAGCUCAGAAUGCACUGCCAGCAUACUGGCAUCACACUCACAGGCACAGAGCAUGGCCCUUCCUGGUCCAUCCUUCUCUCCUGUCCCCCGGAUUGGGCUGACAGAGUACGUGUCAGUUUUACUCUCUCCCUCAGAAGGCUUUGUCAGAGACUUGACACAGGACCAUCAGAUGUCCCCAACAGUGGACCAGUCCCGGAGCCAGACUGCUCCUCCCCAGACAGUCUCCCAGAUCCAGGAGGUCUCUAAGGGGAAGGAUCCCGUCAGCCAGCCCCAGAGGAAGCCUUCUCGGCGGGGGGAGCUGAGAAUCCUGGAGUCCUUUGAGAAGGAGGAAGAGAGGGAGGAGAGAGAGGAGCUGUCCUUGGUGCUGACUGAGCUGGAGGUGAUGGUGAUGUCACCCUCAGAGACCCAGAAGCUCAGCAGGACCUGGGGAGAGGCUCUACAGACACUCACCAUCCCACCUCAGCCUUCAGAGGGAAGCACUGAAACCCGUCUGUGUGGGGCUCCACUACUGGUACUAUUCAGGGAGACUGUGACGGUCAGAGAGGCCUACAGGAAGCUGCAGUUACUGCUGGGCAGGGAGGAGGACACAGGGUCAUCCAAGGUGGACCCCAAAACCAGAGCAGGUUCUUCUCACAGCAGCCUGAGCAGCAGCCUCAGUACCCUGGGUUCCAGGAUAACUCUCGCUCCUGAGCAGCAGGACUCUCUGAGAGAGGCUCUGAGGAGAGGGGUGGAGACAGGGGCCAGGAACCUGACACUCCCUCACAGCACUGGAACGAAGAGCAUUCUAGCCACCCUUCCGGAGCCCAGUCAGGACUCUGCAGAAGCAGCAGUGAAACCCAAAGGGUCUGCAGGUUGUAAGGAGAGCCAGGCCAGGGAAGAACAGGGACUGAACCCCUGGAAGCAGGGAGAGGACAUUAGGAGCAGCACCUACAGCAGGCUGGACAGCCUGGAUGAAACCAUCCGCGAGCUGGAGAACACCCUGCUGGAGCUCAGUGGCCACCCCACCACAGUGCAUCUCUCCAACCGCACACUCCCCACUGACACUGCCUUGUCGGAGGCUCCAGACCCAGCCCAGACGCCUGGUACCAUCACCUCAGAGACCAAGAAGCCCCCAGUCCCACCCAAGCCCAAACCCUCCUACACUCCUGCCACGAUGACCAAGGGAGGAAACAGCUCUUCAGCUGUGGGUAAAGUCCACUCCUCGGCUGCCUCCAGACUGAAGCACCUGCAGCAGAGCAGCACAGAGAAGACCAAAACUGGCAAGAGGGAAGACUUCCUCAAGGGCCAGCAGCAGAUAUGCCCACCAUGGGUGUCCUUUCUACUGGAGCCACAGCUGAAGGCCCAUGGGAACAGCAGCAGCAGUAUUGAGCCCCUCCUGUCAGGCACCAAAGCUGCCAGUUUCUCCGGCCGCCUGUCCUCCAGUUCGGCCUCGACUGUGUUCGCCCCGGGUCUGAGGAAGUAUCCCCAGGAGGGGGCGCUGUCUUCCCUGACAGCCUCCUCCAGCCAGGCCAAAGCCCUGCUGGCCAGCCUGUCAGCCUCCAGCCUAUCAGCCUCCAGCCUGAGCGCCGAGGCCCUGCUCCUCUCCUCCACCUUCCGCCAACACCGCCUCCUACGCGAGCAGCAGCGCGCCUCCUCCCUGCCCCUGUCCAACGGUCGCUCCUCCAACUCCACCAACACCUCAAUCACCACCUCCUCUUCCUCCUCCUCCACCUCCCCCACCUCCACCACCUCCACCCCCUCCUCCUCGCCCUCCUCCCCAACCCCCCUGACCUCCCUCAACCUCUCCUCCGUGGGGCUCAAGCCCAGCGGCCGCAGCCUGCAGUGCUCCGGCUCCAUCAGCUACAAGGAACGUGACAGCAAGACCCUGCCCAAGCCUGUCUCCCCUAGCAACUCACAGUGAAGUACAAGAGGAUGGAUGAGAGGAGGAAGAGGAGGAGGAGCGCAAUCAAAGCAACAUCACAUGCCAAAAAUGAAGAGGAAAACAAAUACACUAGUCCCGCCCUCUACCCUAGCCCUCAAUGCCAAGAGUCACAUGCAGCGACACAUAUCAGUGGGGAGUUCCCCAGAGUUGACUUUCUGAGUGUCACUUUGCUGCCCUUGGUCUCAGUCCAGCAGCCAGAAUCUUCACAUAUCUAUAAUUAUACAGUACAAGAGUUGAUGGUGGUUCCUCUCUGGCUCUCCCACUCAGUAGUACUGACAGUUUCCAAGACCCCCAGAGAGAGAGCUCAAAGAUGGGCCUCGGCCUCCUCUCCCUCCCACUGCCUUGUCUGGUCUGGUCUGAUCCGGCCUGGUCUGGUCUGGUCCGGUCUGAUCUGGUCUGGGUGGGCAGAAAAACAGUGCCAGUACUUUAUGAACCCUCAGUUUAUCAUCGCACCAUUUGCCAAAUCUUACUGGAAGGAACCUUAGUGGAGUAGAUGUGAUAUCUAGACUGUGACUUAUAUUAUACAGAGUAGAGUUGCAAUAAUCAACGAGUACAGUACAGUAGUCGUGUGUGUUCAGAGCUAUAGCAGUCGUAUUCCAUCACCUGGCACAAUGUGAAUCUGUAAAGAAAAACAAAGCUAAACCAAGGUGGUGGUUUCCAUUCUGAGACAGUUUUCUGUUUGUUCGUUUCUUUAUUUUGGACUUAUUGCAUCACCUAUGUAGAAGUCUAAACUGGUGCUAUAGUUCUCCCUGUUUUGUAAAGACUUUACAUGAAUGAAACGGAUCCCAUUCAAUGUGACUGUACAUUCCACUGUUUAUCUAAUGCUACACCCCUGAAGUGGCUUUAGGCUUCUUCUCUCCGGCAUCUGAUUCCAUUCUUACCCUCGUUCUCUAUGGCCCCACUAUUAGCACAGUUUGGCAAUGGAGGAAAAGGCCAGGGAGCUGCUUUUGUUCAAGUCCUCUGGUUUGAGAGUCUGCGCACAAUUGUAUCGCCCACAAUAGCACAUUAUAGGAACAGUAAUGUGAUAUUACAGUAGACCCGUUAUUUAACGACUGAGCUGGUACACGAAGAAGGGAAAAAAGAAAAAAGAAAAUAGAUUUAAACAUUGAAAGUGAUCGUUAAAGAAUGUAGAAUGUGUAGACAUGAAUGUUGCACGACAAUCAGGACGUAUCCACAGUUGACGGGUUUUGCCUUGGACUGGCGUUCCCUGCUGCAGUGAUUGCACUCUGAACUCAACACACGCUCACGUGACCAGGCACAGGCAUACAGCAGUAGAUGCGCGCACGGUCUCCGACACGCCAGUGAGACGGAGAUCCACCAAACUGUUUAUGAAAAGCACAGUCUCCAGUUGUUUUGAGUCAAAACUGUUGACUAGAUUGCCCAUUUCUUAAUUUCAUGACUGUAGAACCACUGGUCAUGAAUUAACCCACACCGGUUUGAUAAUGCAGUCCUUUAGGUAGUAAUCGAUUUGAAUGGUUAAAAGGAACAGAAUGUUGAGAGAGAGAAACAACGGCACAAAUGAAUUCCCUUCUGAAAGGGACCAGAGAUGUGGACCAGCUGAUUAGUAUUUAGCUGAUUAUUUACAAGACAUGUGGCACAAUGAGUUUCAUUUUGGCCUGUGUGUAUUUUCAGUAUUUGCUCUAGAUAAAACCCACAAUAAGUUUAUCUGGACCUCCCCCGACACAGAAGCGGGCUUAGCCCACAGCUGUUGGUUGUGCAUUAGUAAGGUUUCCACAGGAUAUGGCUGCUUUCGUUCUGUGAAAUAUGUUUCGGAGAAUAAUUUGGUUCAUGUACGAAGGCAGCUCCAGGGUAUAUGAGUGUUCUCCCCUUAAACCGGAGUGCUUACGCAGAUCACUGGCUCCAUUCCUCACAGCUGACUUAAGAGCUCGGAAGUGUUAUAAGGAUAGAAACACACUUUCAUCAAAGACGUGUCGAUGGUUUCCCUGCUGUUAAUCUUACGCCAGCAAACACUCUGAAGCUCUCUUUCUUCUGUGAUGCGUCACCAAGGCGACCUAGGGGGUUAUGGCUGUGUGUAGUCCUAGUUCAUUCUUCAAUUGUUCAGGAGACAAGUGCGUGAAAUUGAUUCUUUGCGGCAUUGAGAUGAAAACAAUUGCUUGUGAACGAGGCCGGUGUCAAGUGCAGACAGCUUGAGGUGGGAGAUUGGUUGUGGUUUUCAUGUUUGAAGGCUAGUGUAAUAACAAAGUGCUUUAACUCUUCUCUACUGCUGGUUAGACAUGUUUAUCUGGACGUCACUGUUUGACACCCUUUUGAAUUUAAGAAGGCUAUUAUUUUUUGCAACUUGCUAUCUGUGCUGUCCUUUGGGGGAGAUGUGUCUAUGAAUCAAACCCUUCUUGGAAGAGGUUCCCACUGGACCUGUAUGUCUGACUGCCAUGGUACUGUUAUAAUUGCACAAAAUGAUCGAUGUUGCAAUUUCCCCAUGAGAGCACAGAGUGGACCUAUCUGCAUGAACCCUCUGGAACUUUGGUUUCAUUGGAGACCCACCAAAGAUACUGUUCUUGCUUAUAGCAGUACAGAUCGUGUGCACGUUUGUGUUUUUGCAGGCCGAGGAACCUUGGAAUGAUGGUCCAAAUCAGAUCAGUGGCUUCGACAACAUAUGGCUGUAAAGAUCAGAACAAAGGGCGCACACACACACACACACACACACACACACACACACACACACACACACACACACACACACACACACACACACACACACACACACACACACACACACACACACACACACACACACACCAGAGUGUGUCAGAAUGUAGCCGUGGCACCGCAAUAAGCACACCGUCUGUUCUGUCAGCGAGAAAACGGUAAGCUCACGGCGCAGCGAGUUAGUUAAGCCUCACACUGGCUGCACUGUAGCAAUGCAGGACUCGAGCCCUGGGUUUUAUGAAGUGAAGCCAAAUGAAAGAAAUUCACUUACACAUUCAACUCCACACUCAAAUCCAUAACUCCCAGCGCUGCUUUUGUGUCUGGCAGGGUGAUGGGGAGGAAGGGAGGUAUUCACACUUCGCUGCUUUUACACAGGAAAGUCCAAGAUGAGAACCCCAAGACUGCGUGACAAUGCGUUUUUGAAUCACCAUAGCACUAGUGUUAUUGGACAGGAGAUUUCAAUAUGGCUGAGUCUUGGAGGGGUUUAUUGGUAGUGGGGAUGAGGAGAGGAGGAUGGAGAGUGGAGACACUCGUAGUGAAAGCCCCUGGCAAUCAGAGAGAUAGUUCAUGCAAACUUGAAAUGAAAAGUAAAAUAAGGAUACAUAUAUAAAUAUAUCUUCGUUAAGAUGUUUGUGUAUAAUAUUAAUAUAAUUGUGAAGAAAGUGUGACACAUAGGUCUGGAUUAAAUUAUUAUAAUGUACAAUUUAAAUCAUCCUCUUUUGGGGAUUUAUAUAAGUAGGCAUUUUGUACAGACUUUCCUUAUCAAUUCUUCAAGAGAGAUAAUGUAUUUCACAUUAGCAAAUUAUUUAUUCAUAAGCAGAACAUUUUUAUAUUGAUUUGAAAAUAUUUAUCUGUAUAGAAGACAGAACAGGUAUGUAAUAUACAGUGGAGCUCAUUUUUAAUUCUGGGAUAUUUUUAUUAGCACUAUUUUUAACAGUUGUGUGAGUUUCCUCUUUUGCUGGCCUGCUGGCCCAUGCUACUGGUAUGUUUAGGGAGAGGUUGCCCCUGAGCUGGUCCAGUACAAUGUCUGCUCCCAGGCCUCCACUAGCUAACACUCAUUUUGUGGUAAGGGGAGCUGUUCCUAGACCUGUUCUUAGGGGCGUACCUUUUCUUUGGAACUUCUGUUGGUUUACUUAGUCCUCUUCUAGUCUCUGUUCUAGUCUUUGUAUUACAAGGCACUCCCUAUACCUGACUGAUGUGUUCUUCACCCUUGGCUGAUUCCAGUGGUGUUAGAGAGAAGUCUGGUGGGAGACAGCGAGAGAGAGAGAGAGAGAGAGACAGGUGGGGAUGAGCGACAAUACUGUGAAGUGGGCGUUUACCUGAUGAUGCAACAUGACCUUGCUGCUCGGAUUGGUUGUAUUGAUCGACUGUGAAAGGACUGUUCACAAGAGAGGGGUUGGCUGUUCCUCCUGAAGGUAUCCCACUAAAAUGAAUAGCCCAUACUAGAAACCCCUCUGCUGGUGGUACGAUAGGAUGGCAUUACAUCAUUAUGGCCCAAAGGUAUUAACGGAGAAGGAUCUCAGCAUUGAAUAAGUCAUUUAGGUUUCAAUGACAAACCAAGAGCACAUAACACAGAUAAUUAUGGAGCAUUCGCUUUUUCUUCAUCAUCAUAAUCAUUGUCUAUUGAGACAUGUUUGGUUCUGUUUUGAAUAAAUGAAAGCGACAUGUGUGUAUUAUUUGACCUGCUUUCUGUGGUGUGUACAGUACUGUAUGAGGUUCUGACAUGAGUGUGUACAGUACUGUAUGAGUUUCUGACAUGAGUGUGUGGAUGUUCCAAAAUCUUGGCAUCGAGAAGAAAACAAAACAAAACGAUAUGUAAAUAGACGGAGUAAUUCCUAGAAAGUUCAACAACAUAUUAUGUCCAAAAUAAUGUUUUAUUCAUUAAAAGAUGAUGGAUACAAAGGUAUAUUCUAAAACAAUGCAUGAAAUAUUGUCAAGCAAUCGCACGGUGCAGUUGAAAAGUGUUGUCUACGUGUUUUCUUAAAGAACAGAGCGAGAUAGAAAAAGAGGUGUACCACUUUAAAGGUUUACAACGGUAGAGAACCAGACCUUUUUACCUUGGAUCUUUCUGUGACACAGGCAUGUUCAGUCUUACUGUGAUCAGUGAUGCUACGGUGAUGAUGGCUGAGAGUGAGGAGUGUUCCCAACAACCCGGAACGAUCUGGAACACUUCAAAGCACCUUCACCAGAAAAACCCACCAAUUAUGAUCUCCCACUUGUAGAGUAGUGUGACAUAAUGAACAAUACAACAAAAAAAUAGAUCUAUAGAAAUAUAAAUACCUACUGAUACAGGACAUUCUGAUUUAUCAGUGUGGAUGCCAUGAUAUUCUGUGAGAAAUGUGAUUUUUUUUUCUUUCUGUGAGAAGACCGGCAGUUGAACCUGCUUCCUUUUGUACAUACUUGCUGUGGUUGUGUGUGUCUAAUAAAGUGCAGCUCUCUUGUA